AUGGGACCCUCAUUAGAUGACCAAAAACGCCGGGGGGACCAAAGGAUGAGUGCAAGCUUGAGAAUCCCCCCCGUACACCGACCAUUUCCCGAUCGGCUUCCCGAACGCUUCAAGGACGAAGCGGAUGCCCAAGUGGAUUUCACUGCCCCACCACGCGGAAUGGGCUCUCGGGAUGGAAACAUGCACUAUAUGCAACAAUCUUUAUUUUCCAUGAUCGCUGCCGUGGGUUCUCGGUCCGACUUUCGAGCCCGAUUUGACGAUUCGAGCGACGACGAAUCAGACGAGAAGCGAAGAGAAAAGCGGUCGGACCGGGCAACUCAAGAUUCAUUAUUACACCACAAUGACAGCGGCAGGGCUGCCUUGAACCUCAGACAAGAAACCGAAGAACGGGGGCGUCGCCAUCGCAGAACAAUAUCGGAGAAUAAAGCAGUGCAGAAAUUGCCUUCUUUGAGCUCCAAGGAUGACGAGAAGGACAUGCCGACUCCUAGUGGGUCCAUACUCACGCUGCCUCCGAGGCAAGCUCGUAGUGCUACGCCACGAGCCGCUCCUAUUCUUUCCAGAAUGGUGCAGGCACAGAACCGGUUCGAUACGGCGUCUGUGCCUGAAAACCCACCGUCAAGGCCCGAGACUCCAAGUGAAGAGCGACCACAAACCUCAGGGUCUGCUCUCUCCUCACGACUGAUGGAAAUGUUUGGAUUUGAUAGACCGGAAAAGGUCCUAGUCGAAUAUGCCUGUGCAUUACUGCAAAGUAUGCUUCUUCAAGGCUACAUGUAUGUCACGGAAGGACAUAUUUGCUUUUAUGCAUAUCUGCCCAAAAAAUCCAGCGUCGCCGCCAAGUCAGGCUAUAUGUCGAAGCGAGGUCGAAAAAACCCAAAGUAUAACCGUUACUGGUUUGUUCUGAGGGGUGACGUAUUGUCAUACUAUGCCGAUCCCUCGAACCUGUACUUUCCCAGUGGCCACGUGGAUCUUCGAUAUGGGAUCUCUGCAUCUCUUUCCGAAGCCAAGAUCCAGGGCACUGAAGUGAAAGACUUUCAAGUUAGCACCGACCAGCGAACCUUUUACUUCCGUGCAGAUAGUUCCACAAGUGCCAAGGAGUGGGUGAAGGCCCUCCAGAAAGUCAUAUUUCGGUCGCAUAAUGAAGGGGAUAGCGUUAAAGUAUCAUUCCCGAUCAAGAAUGUGAUUGACUUGGAGGAAAGCCCUAUGGCCGAAUUUGCUGAGACCUUCAAAAUCCGUGUCGUGGACGGGAAUGAGGACUUUGCAAUUGAUGAAUACUUUUUCUCUUUCUUUAACUCAGGACAGGAGGCCUUUGAUUAUUUGAAGGGUCUAGUGGGUUCAUCUCCUGCAAGAAAUUUAUCAGAAGAGUCGCGAGAUGUAAAUUCUUGGAAAAUACAGGCCGAUGCAACGGUCACAGAUCUCAGGAGAUUAUCGGAUAGCCAUAGUGCGAAGCAAGAUCAGAUGUCUCGCGCGCGAAGCACAAGUAUCGCCGAUUCAUUUGCUCAUUCUGCAGAUCAAGGGACGGAUUCGUCGCAUGUCGUACAUUCAAUGACCGAAACAACCGAAUCCGCGAGUCAAAUCCUCAACCGCAGUGAUGUUUUUCAAUCACCUACCAUGCGGUCCAUACCAAGACGCUCAUCUGACACUGGCGAUAUUGCCCAACGACGGUCCGAAGAUACUGCUCGCUCCACAUCUGCUCGACUUGGUUCGGCGGCACGACGGGAUACCCCUAACACUGCAAGCCAAAGAUUGCCGCAACGACAAUCAGCAAAUGUCCCGCUGAAUGAUCUUGUCAAGGCAGGAACGUACCCCCUUCAACGUGCUGCUGGAUUUGCGGAGUAUCUGAAAAGCAGAUCCCGGCAGAUGAGUAGCUUGCUGGCAACAGAAUCCAUGGGCUAUAUCGAAAAAGUAUCUGGCAUGUGGAUUGGUGGCCAGAGGCAUUAUGGCCAGACUGAAGGCGUGGUCCCAAGGGAUCGAACCAUUGAUACCGAAGAAGAGGAAGCCGAUGCCAACCAUGGCGAUAGGUUCCGUACCCAUUUUGCCCUCCCGCCAACCGAGAGACUGCAAGCGACUUACUAUGCUUAUCUGCAUCGAAUGCUACCGCUUUACGGCAAGAUUUAUAUUAGUGAGAGGAAGCUUUGCUUUCGCAGCUUGAUUCCUGGCACUCGUACCAAGAUGAUCCUGCCUCUAAGAGACAUCGAGAACGUGGAGAAAGAGAACGGUUUUCGGUUUGGCUAUCAUGGCCUAGUUGUCAUUAUUCGAGGCCACGAGGAACUGUUCUUCGAGUUCAACGCAUCCGAUGCGCGAGAUGACUGUGCGGUCACGCUUCAUCAGAAUCUGGAGUCCGUCAAGUUCUUGAUGGAAUCCGGCCUACUGGCAGAAGAGGAGCGUGACGAGGUUGAGGCAGCAAAGGCCGAGCAUCAAAUGCUCCAAGAGGCUCGGCUUGGCGACCCCGAGGAACAUGGAUCACAUUCAACCCUCCAUGAGGGUUCGUCGGAGAUUCACCCAUUCUUCGACGACCCGCGUGCUUCUAUCAUCAACUUCAAGCCCUCGGAGCCCCUGAAGAUCACUUGUCUAACUAUCGGAUCCCGAGGCGAUGUACAACCGUAUAUCGCUUUGUGCAAGGGGCUUCUUGCCGAAGGCCACACCCCGAAAAUCGCUACCCAUGCUGAAUUUGAACCUUGGAUCCGAAGUCACGGUAUCGACUUUGCGCCCGUGGAUGGUGAUCCAGCAGAGCUGAUGCGAAUCUGUGUUGAAAAUGGCAUGUUCACAUACUCAUUUCUUCGGGAGGCCUCUUCGAAAUUCAGAGGUUGGAUUGAUGAUCUACUAUCCUCUGCCUGGUCCAGCUGUCAAGGAAGUGAUCUUCUUAUCGAAUCACCCAGUGCAAUGGCUGGAAUUCAUAUUGCGGAAGCUCUUCGAAUUCCAUACUUUCGUGGAUUUACCAUGCCUUGGUCAAGGACUCGCGCAUACCCACAUGCAUUUGCCGUCCCUGAGAAUCGGAUGGGUGGUUACUACAACCAUCUUACUUAUGUGAUGUUCGACAAUAUUUUCUGGAAGGCAAUUGCUGGUCAGGUCAACCGCUGGCGGAACAAAGAACUGGGACUCAAAGCUACCAACUUGGACAGGAUGCAACAGAACAAAGUCCCCUUUCUGUACAAUUUUUCGCCUUCGGUCGUGCCGCCGCCUCUUGAUUUUCCGGAUUGGAUUCGAAUUACGGGCUACUGGUUCCUCAGUGAGGGAUCAGACUGGACCCCUCCGGCAGAACUUACAGAUUUCAUCAAUCGUGCCCGUUCUGAUGGCAAGAAGCUUGUGUAUAUUGGAUUUGGAUCCAUCGUGGUUUCAGAUCCAGCUGCUUUGACACGGACAGUCAUCGAAUCGGUCCAGAAAGCAGACGUGCGGUGCAUUCUCUCGAAGGGAUGGUCGGAUCGACUAGGUGAUCCUUCCAGUACCAAGGUUGAGAUUUCUCUACCUUCGGAGAUUCAUCAAAUCCAAUCUGCACCUCACGAUUGGCUUUUUUCACAGAUUGAUGCUGCAGCUCACCAUGGCGGCGCAGGCACCACUGGCGCGAGUCUUAGAGCCGGUGUACCGACCAUAAUCAAACCAUUCUUCGGCGAUCAGUUUUUCUUUGGUUCUCGCGUCGAGGACUUGGGGGUAGGAAUUUGCAUGAAGAAGCUCAACGUCAGUGUCUUCUCAAGAGCAAUCUGGGAAGCCACACAUAGUGAGCGGAUGAUCGUCAAGGCCCGUGAUUUGGGUAUCCAGAUCCGUAGUGAAGACGGAGUAGCUACUGCUAUCCAGUCGCUCUACCGUGAUCUUGAAUACGCUAAAACCCUUGCGCGACAACGCUCAAUUGCUUCAGCCACCCCAUUUUCCCCAACUCCCUCCGCUAAAGCCUCACCGGAUCAUGCCGAUGAUGACAUAGACGACAUUGAGGAGUGGACAUUCGUUGGUGAUGAUACUGACAUUGACCUCUCAAAACGGGUACGUGACCGAGCUGCAUCCGCAGCGUCGGCCGUUUUGGAUGUCGAUCGAAUGGCUUCCAGCAUGUUUUUACCGUCCUGA